AGGAUAAAGGCCAGGGGCCCGAGGCUCCCCUGCCCUGCCCUGCCCUCUGCUUCCUCUCUCCAGGUCCCUCUCUGUGCUUACAGCCCCAUGGCCCCCAAAAAGCCAGAGCCCAAGAAGGAAGAGGCCAAGGCAGCCCCCAAGGCGGCUCCAGCUCCCGCUGCCCCUGCGCCUGAGCCCCCCAAGGAGAGCGAAUUUGAUGCCUCCAAGAUCAAGAUUGAGUUCACCCCGGAGCAGAUUGAAGAGUUCAAGGAAGCCUUCAUGCUAUUCGACCGCACCCCCAAGUGUGAGAUGAAGAUCACGUACGGACAGUGUGGGGACGUCCUUCGGGCGCUGGGCCAGAACCCCACCCAGGCCGAGGUGCUCCGAGUCCUGGGGAAGCCAAAGCAGGAAGAGCUCAACACUAAGAUGAUGGAUUUUGAGACGUUCCUGCCCAUGCUCCAACAUAUUGCCAAGAACAAGGACACGGGCACCUACGAGGACUUUGUCGAGGGCCUGCGCGUCUUCGACAAGGAGGGCAAUGGCACGGUCAUGGGCGCCGAGCUCCGUCAUGUGCUGGCCACGCUGGGUGAGAGGCUGACGGAAGACGAGGUGGAGAAAUUGAUGGCUGGGCAAGAGGACUCCAACGGCUGCAUCAACUACGAAGCAUUUGUGAAGCACAUCAUGGCCAGCUGAACCUCUCACCCCAGGCGAGACCCCACCCCCUUCCAGACC